AAAUAAUUUGAGCUAUGCCACAAAGGACGGGGGUACCUAUCACAGCUGCAAAGCGUCUCAAAAUGGACCGGCUGCAGCUGGCUAAAGACCCUGUCCCUUAUAUUGUGGCAGAGCCGCUUCCGAGCAACAUUUUGGAGUGGCACUACGUGGUGAUGGGACCGCCUGGUUCCCUCUACACCGGAGGUUAUUACCAUGGUAAACUGGUCUUCCCUAAAGAGUACCCUUUUAAAGCACCCAGUAUUUAUAUGCUAACUCCUAACGGACGUUUUAAGACGAGUACGAGGCUAUGUUUAUCAAUAUCAGAUUUUCACCCAGACACAUGGAAUCCAGGAUGGAGUGUCAGCACUAUUCUUACUGGACUUCUUAGUUUUAUGUUAGAAACGUCAGCGACGCUGGGAAGCAUUGAAACAACAGAUAAAAUGAAGUCUAUCUACGCUCGAGACAGUGGGGCCUAUAAUUUGAAAGAUAAAAGAUUUAAAGAACUUUUCCCAACUUUAGUAGAGGAAAUAGAGGAGAAGAUAAGAUGUACAGUACCAGAAGAAACCCAAGCUGUAACAGAAGCCGUCCCACUCUCCACUCAGCCAAACAGCAACAUGAUCAACUUAGCCGUCCUCGUCGUAUUUGCGGUCUUCGCUUACGUUGUUAAAUUCAUGGUGCAGAGCUUACAAUGAUACUAAAAUUGUAAUGACAUCAUCCGGUGACGUAACGAAUGUUCUGGUGACGUCAUCCGGUGUGAUGAUGUCAUUUACAACCGAUUACGUCAGAGGAUGAGGAUGGUGAUCUGCAUUAGAUCGAGUGGCUGGAUUAAUAAUUGUUUACAAUGAAAACUACGCCGGACUCCAAUAUUAAAAAACCAGUUUAAAUGUUAAAUGUGUUCUUAUUAUUGUGGUGAACUGCAUGCCAGUUGAUUUCUCUGUUCCUGUCAUUCGAUAACGGUUAUCUAAAUCCUCAUAUUUGAUAAUUUGUAACUAGUGACGAAUAUACGGCCAACUGCAACCUAUUAUUUAAAAAAUGACAUUAUUCAUCAUUCAUGGCCCACCUGUCAUGUUGAAACACAUUGUUGGUUGGAUUGUAUUAGUAUUACAGUUCGUCCAAUGGGCGAUUGAAUCCAAAAAAGGGUACCGUCCAAUUUAUUUGACAUUCGAAAGCAUCACUUGUCACUGCAACAUAUUUGUAUUCGUUGUUUGAGUUAACUUAAAUCCAAUAAUCAAGUUUGCUAUAUUUGUUCACUGUGAAGGGAAAUUGCUGUAUAAUUCUAAUUCAUAUAAGAAAAAGGAAAACUUUAAAUUUGAUGAGGGAGCGUUAAUUUAUACCGAUCAUCUUUGAACCUUGAAAUUGUAAAUACCAGUUGAACUUUAUUGAAAGUUAAGGCUUAUUUUUGACUGAUAAUACUAAUAUAUGUAAGUUGCAUUUGCGAUUUGUUUUCUUAUCCCA